UGGUGCCUCUCGGUGCGCGUUUUUUUCUGCCGAGGGAGGCGCCUUUGGAACUACACCCUUUCGUCGCCUCCCCUCUUUCUCUGCCGUUGCUGAGAGAAGAGCUAGGAAGGCGCUGCGGAGGAGGAGGGAGGAGGCGACGGCGGCGAGGGGCUUGCCAGGAUGGCGACGGUGGUGCUGGAACCCGAGUCGGAGCCGUCUUGUAGCCUUCCCAGCGCGGUCCCCCCCUCGCCGAGCCUGUCGCACCGCUUUCUCGACAGCAAAUUUUAUCUCCUGGUCGUGGUGGGCGAGCUGGUCACAGAGGAGCAUCUGAGAAGAGCCAUAAGCAAUAUAGAGCGAGGUAUCCGAUCAUGGGACACAAACCUCAUUGAAUGCAACUUGGAUCAAGAACUUAAACUUUUUGUGUCUCGCCAUUCAGCUCGAUUCUCUCCUGAUGUGAGAGGUCAGAAAAUCCUUCACCACAGAAGUGAUGUCUUAGAAACAGUUGUCCUGAUUAACCCUUCAGAUGAAGCAGUCAGUACUGAGGUGCGUUUAAUGAUAACAGAUGCUGCACGACAUAAGCUUCUGGUACUGACUGGGCAGAGCUUUGAAAAUACAGGCGAACUCAUUCUUCAGUCAGGAUCUUUCUCAUUUCAGAAUUUCAUUGAGAUCUUCACUGACCAAGAGAUUGGAGAAUUAUUGAGCACUACUCACCCUGCUAACAAAGCCAGCUUAACUCUUUUCUGUCCUGAGGAAGGGGACUGGAAGAAUUCAAACCUUGACAGACACAACCUUCAAGAUUUCAUCAACAUUAAGCUGAACUCUUCUCCUAUUUUGCCUGAAAUGGAAGGGCUUUCUGAAUUCACAGAAUACUUGUCAGAGUCAGUGGAAGUACCAUCACCAUUUGAUAUUUUGGAGCCACCAACAUCAGGAGGUUUUCUGAAACUUUCUAAGCCUUGUUGUUAUAUUUUCCCUGGUGGAAGAGGAGAUUCAGCAUUGUUUGCAGUGAAUGGAUUCAACAUGCUUAUCAAUGGAGGUUCAGAGAGGAAAUCUUGUUUCUGGAAACUCAUCCGACAUUUGGACAGAGUGGAUUCAAUUUUGCUGACUCACAUUGGAGAUGAUAAUUUGCCAGGAAUUAACAGCAUGCUACAACGGAAAAUAGCAGAAUUAGAAGAGGAGCAGUCUCAAGGCUCUACCACCAACAGUGACUGGAUGAAAAAUCUAAUUUCUCCUGAUUUGGGAGUUGUAUUUCUUAAUGUUCCUGAAAGCCUAGGAAAUCCUGAUCCUAAUGUGCAGUUAAAAAGAAGUGUAGAGGAGGCUUGUUUUACAUUGCAAUACUUAAACAAGCUAUCCAUGAAACCAGAACCUCUCUUUAGAAAUGUAGGAAACAACACUGAGCCCAUUAUCCUUUUUCAAAAAAUGGGUGUAGGGAAACUGGAAAUGUAUGUGCUUAAUCCAGUCAAAAGCAGCAAAGAGAUGCAGUAUUUCAUGCAUCAGUGGACAGGUACAAACAAAGAUAAAACUGAACUGGUGCUACCAAAUGGUCAAGAAAUAGACAUCCCAGUUUCCUACUUGACUUCAAUCUCCUCUUUGAUUGUAUGGCAUCCUGCAAACCCUGCUGAAAAAAUUAUCAGAGUUCUUUUCCCAGGGAACAGUACCCAGUAUAGCAUAUUAGAUGGCCUAGAGAAACUCAAACAUUUGGACUUCCUUAAACAACCAACAGUGACACAAAAAGACUUAACUGGUAAUCUGGCAAGUCCAGCAGUAAAACAAGCAAAACUGAAGCAGAGAACAGAUAGUAAAGAAAGUCUCAAGCCAGUCACUAAAACGCUGUCUACAAAGACUGUCAGAAAAGAGUCGCGAGAGGAGACAUCUGAUGCAGGGAAAUCUAGCCCACCAGAAAAGGCUCAAAAAGUAGAAAAUAAACCCAUCAUAAAAAAAGAUAAACCAGCAAAAAGUGAGAGUAGGCUCUCUGUGACUGAAAAAGACCUGACAGCAAAGGAACAGCAGCUUGUGAAAUCUGAAACUGCUGAAAAACAAGCAACUGAUGUGAAACCAAAAGUAAUAAAGGAGAAGCAGGUGAAAAAGGAAGUGAAAGUAAAACCUGAAGAAAAACAAGAAGAGAAAGAAAAGUCAAAGAAAGAGGUGCCUAAGAAGGAUGAAAAAUCCCAGGCCAAGAAAGAAGAAAAGCCUAAAAAGGAUGAUUCCAAGAAAGAAGUAAAGAAAGAAUCUAAAAAAGAGCCAAAGAAAGAAGCUCUUCCAAAAGAAUCCAAAAAAGAAGAGAAAAAGGAAGUGAAAAGGGAAGAAAAGAAAGAGCCCAAGAAACUUCCUAAGGAAAUAAAGAAAACCUCUGCUGUUUUGCCUGAAUCAAAGAAGGUUACAGCAAAGCCGAAACCACAGAAGAAGGAAGAACCUGUCAAAAAAGAAACUGGGCUUGCUGGGAAACCCAAAGAAAAAGUUAAAAGCAAGUCACUGAAGAAAGAGCUCAAAGUGGCCGAAACCCCAGCUGCAGCAGUGACAGCUUUGGGAGCUGGGGCUGCAACAGUAGCAGCUGCAGGCCUGGCAGCCAGUGGGAAAGAACUUGAAGUUGAGAGAUCGCUUAUGUCCUCACCAGAAGACUUAACAAAAGAUUUUGAAGAACUAAAAGCAGAAGAAGUUGAAGUAGUGAAGGAAAUAAAGCUUCAGGAAGAUAAAGUUGAAAAUGAAAGCCAGCCAGCUGUCAUAGAACAAGAGGAGGGUUACAAAGUUCAAAAAGAAGAAAUAGGCCCUGCUUAUUCUCCUGAUGAAGACAUAACCGCCACAGAACCUGAGGGAGAAUGUGAACAAACUCCUGAAGAGCUGGAGUCUGUGGGAAAGGACAGGGUUGAUGACAGUGAAAAGUUUGAAGAGGAAGGAGCAGGAUUUGAAGAAUCUUCUGAGGCAGGUGACUAUGAAGAAAAGGCUGAGACAGAGGAGGCAGAAAUACAAGGGGACAAUGAGGAAGAAGAGCUACCACCAGAUUUCAAAAAGCAAGACAUAAAAGAUAUCAUUGAAACAGGAGAGAUUGAAAAAGAAAUGAUAGAAGCUCCUGAAUAUGAAAAAAUGAAAGGGUUAAUGUAUGAUAAACAAGCAGAAUUUAGAGUGGAGUAUGAAGAGCACUAUGAAGAAAAUGUAGAAGAAACAACAGUUGAAAAGGCAGAAACAGAAGAGACUGAAGAAGUUGAGGAAGAAGACAAAACUGAGGAGGUCAAAGAUGAAGAAGAAACUGAAAAAAUAGAAGUGGAAGAGGAUUAUGUCAUGGCUGUGGUAGACAAAGCAGCUGAAGCUGCUGAAAUUGAUGAUAAAUACGGUUUGCGUAUAACUACUCCAACUAAAUUGUCAGAAUCUCCAUCUCCAGCAAAGGAACCAGCAUCUUCAAUCCAUGAUGAAACUCUACCUGGUGGGUCAGAAAGUGAAGCAACUGUUUCAGAUGAAGAAAACAGGGAAGACCAACCUGAGGAAUUCACUGCUACUUCAGGUUAUACUCAGUCCACUAUUGAAAUAUCCAGUGAACCAACUCCAAUGGAUGGAAUGUCAACCCCAAGAGAUGUAAUGAGUGAUGAAACAAAUAAUGAAGAAAGUGAAUCGCCUUCCCAAGAGUAUGUUAACAUUACUAAGUAUGAGUCAACACUAUAUUCUCAAGAUUUUGCUAGACCUAAAGUUUCUCCUCUUCCUGAUGCUUUUAAUGGGUUAUCCGAAGGAUCUAAAACAGAUGCUACUGAAGGCAAAGACUAUAGUGUUUCAGCUUCUACCAUUUCACCACCUUCUUCGCUAGAAGAAGAUAAGUUUAACAAAUCUUCCUUCCAGGACCUGUAUCGUCUUCGGGAAAAUGAAUUCAAAACUAUUAAUAAAUUAGAAAUUUCAGAAACUUGGGAUGAGAAGCUUAGCCCAACUAUAGAUGAAAGUCCAGCCCCACUAUCGCCAGUCACUAAAACUCCUCUUAGUGAACGUAGUGUGAACUUUUCCCUAACUCCCAAUGAGAUUAAAACAUCAACUGAACCUGUAGCUCUCACAACAUUGGCAGAAAAACAACAUGAUAUCCAGGAAGAGCAGUGCCCCAGCCCUGAUGAUAAAACAUUAGAAGUGGUAUCCCCUUCACAAUCAGCUGCUGGAAGUGCUGGUCAUACACCUUACUAUCAGUCUCCCACUGAUGAAAAGUCAAACCAAAUUCCAGCUGAGAUUCCUGGAAAGACAACUGAAGUACCAAUCAGUUUUGAAGUUAGUGAUGCCAAAGACAAUAUUGCAAAACACAGAAUAAGCCCAAUGGAUGAACCAGUGCCUGACUCUGAAUCGCCUUUUGAGAAAGUGCUCUCACCUUUACGAAGUCCACCACUUAUAGGUACAGAGUCUUCCUAUGACACGUUUUUGAGUGCUGAUAUAAAAUCUGUCAGAGAAACUGAAGUUACCUUUGAAAAGAAAAGUGAAACAGAUGGGUCCAUGUUGCAGAAGAGCUCAGUUUCUGAACUUACUUCUACAAACAUUUUCCAAGAACAACAGGAUGAAAAAGAUGUGGAGCUGACACCUCCAAAGUCAGACAUUCUUCUAGAAAAGAAAAAGGAUGAUUUAGAAACUUCAGAAAUUCAGUCUGCAUUAGUUUUGGAUGAGAGGAAGCUAGCAGAGGUUUCUCCAACUCAGGUAGAUAUUAGUCAUUUAGGCUAUUUCAAGGAGGACACCAAAAUGUCAAUAUCUGAAAGUACAGUCUCUGAUAAAUCUGCAACUCCUGUUGAUGAAGUUGUAGCAGAAGAUACUUAUUCACAUAUUGAAGGAGUUGCAUCUGUUUCUACAGCAUCUGUUGCUACUAGUUCAUUCCCAGAACCAACCACUGAUGAUGUAUCUCCUUCACUGCAUGCUGAGGUUGGAUCUCCUCACUCUACUGAAGUUGAUGAUUCUCUUUCUGUGUCUGUUGUACAAACACCAACUACAUUUCAGGAAACAGAAAUGUCUCCAUCUAAAGAAGAGUGCCCAAGACCAAUGUCUAUUUCUCCACCAGAUUUUUCCCCUAAAACAGCAAAAUCAAGGACACCAAUACUAGAUCAUAGGUCUCCUGAACAAUCAACUAUGUCAGUAGAAUUUGGACAAGAUUCACCUGAACAGUCCUUGGCCAUGGAUUUUAGCAGACAGUCUCCUGAACAACCUAUAGUAGGUGCUGCUGUGCACCAUAUAUCUGAAAAUGGUCCAACAGAAGUUGAUUUUAGCCCUUCAGAUAUGCAAGAACAUGGAUUUCCAAACAAAAUAUCGCCAGUGGAACAAACAUGUUAUGGCCAUGAGAAGGAUAUUUCAGAGAUUAUUUCAGUUUCUCAGAUAGAGGCCUCACCUUCACCUUCCUCUUCCUCUGUUCAUACACCAUCACAGGCAAGUUCUCCCCUACAAGAAGAAAUUCUAUCAGGUGUUACACAGCCUAGUGAUAUGCCGAUACAUUCUACAUUUCCAUCAGAAAAAAUGCAAAGCUUGGGGGAGAAACUCUCACCAAAGUCUGAUUUAUCUUCAUUAACACCCCGGGAAUCUUCUCCUUUAUAUUCACCUAGUUUUUCAGAUUCACCUCCCAUAAUGAAAGAAACAAUGGCUGCUUCUCAGUCAUCUCUAUUAUCACUGCAUGUAUCCCCAGACAAAUUGUUUGGCUAUCAUACAUCAAUAGUUCAAGACCCUGAGACAAAACAUGGUCAAGAGCUUCUAGUCUCUAAGGAUCAGAAAGAUACAGAAGAAGCAGCCAUAUCACCAGAAACUCUUAUUUACUCUUAUAAGGAAACUGGAAAAAGCACUAGAUCACCCGAGGCUGUUAGUUACUCCUAUGAAAAAACAGAGGAAGUCACUGAAUCCCCUGAAACCCUUGAUUACAACUAUGCUGCAACAAAGGAAAUCACCAGAUCGCUAGAGGCAGAUAGUUAUUCCUAUGAAAUAACAGAAAAAACCACCAAGUCACCAGAAGCCCUUGAUUAUUCUUAUGAGAAAUCCGCCAAACCAUCAGAGUCUGUCCAUUAUCCUUAUGAAUCCACAGAGAAAGCCACCAAAUCACCUGACAUAUCAAGUUAUCACUAUGAGAAUGAUAAAUAUUUUGUUUCAGAAAAAUCUGAAAUCCGUCAAGAUGUUGAUUUAUGUCUUGUCUCAUCCUGUGAAUACAAGCAUCCCAAAACAGAACUGUCACCUUCUUUUAUAAAUCCUAACCCCUUAGAAUGGUUUGCAAAUGAAGAACAAUCUCAAGACCAAGAAAAGCUGUUAAUUCAGUCAGGAGGUGCUCCACCACCCUCUGGAGGAAAACAGCAAGCCCGCCUGUGUGGUGAAACUCCCCCUACUUCUGUAAGUGAAUCUGUUCCAUCACAGACCGACUCAGAUGUACCCCCUGAAACAGAAGAGUGUCCUUCUAUUACAGCAGAUGCUAACAUUGAUUCAGAAGAUGAAUCUGAAACUAUACCAACAGAUAAAACAAUUACAUAUGAACACAUUGACCCUCCCCCAGCCCCUGUUCAAGAUCGCAGCCCUUCACCUAGGCACCCAGAUGUCUCCAUGGUAGAUCCAGAGACAUUACCCAUUGACCAGAACCUAGGCAAGCCUUUGAAGAAGGAUCUGAAAGAAAAGACAAAAACAAAAAAGCAGGGGACUAAGACUAAAUCUUCCUCUCCUGCCAAGAAGAAUGAUGGCAAACCCAAGCAGGUGGCUUCUCCAAAGCCUGCUGGCUUGAAGGAAUCAUUGGAUAAAGUUUCAAAAACAGCUUCUCCAAAGAAGAAGGAGUCUGUGGAGAAAGCUGCCAAAAAUGUCUCUACUCCAGAGGUAAAAUCUCAUAAUGAAGAGAAAGAUAAGGAAACUAAGAAUGCAGCCAAUUCUACAACAUCAAAGUCAGCAAAAACUACAACUUCAGGACCUGGAAAUGGGAAAUCAACAAAAUCUAUAGCUGUGCCUCCAGGACCUCCUGUGUAUUUGGACCUGGUCUAUAUUCCCAACCACAGCAAUAGCAAGAAUGUUGAUGUAGAAUUUUUCAAAAGGGUGAGAUCAUCCUACUAUGUUGUGAGUGGUAACGAUCCUGCUGCUGAAGAACCAAGCAGGGCUGUCUUGGAUUCCCUGUUGGAAGGCAAAGCUCAGUGGGGAAGCAACAUGCAGGUGACUUUAAUUCCAACCCAUGACUCAGAGGUGAUGAGGGAAUGGUAUCAAGAGACCCACGAGAAACAACAGGAUCUUAACAUCAUGGUUUUGGCAAGCAGUAGCACUGUUGUUAUGCAAGAUGAAUCUUUCCCUGCAUGCAAGAUUGAACUGUAAAAAAAAAAAAAAAAGCAAUGCAUUUCAACUUUAAACUUUGUUUCCAGAAAUUCUUCAAUUUGAAAAUACUUUUUCUAAAAAUAUAAUCCAUCUAAUUCAGCUGCUGAACUAUAUAUACCUGCCAAAUGCUAUACUGUAUCAGAGUGAUGCAAGUCACUAUUUUUUUUUUUCAGUCUUUGCUAAUUGCUAAGGGAAAUAACAGUAUUCCCACCAUAGGGUUCAAAUUACUGCAAAACCUGCAGAUCCAGGUUCAUUUUCAUUGAACACUUGGAAACCAUGCACUAGCAAACACUGCUGACUUCUGUCAGGUUGGGGGCAUUUGCCCUUGGAAGAAACAGAGGAAAAGGUGGACAGAGAGAGGAGGGGGGAGAGGGAACAUGAGUUGGGUGGGGUAGAGGAGAAUAAAUUAAUUCUGCGUUACUUACAAAGCAGUCAGUGACUUACCUCCUGCAGUCUGGCAUCCCAUAGAAAGAAAGAUCUGUUUGUUUCAAAGUAGGCAUUUUUAAUUUAGCGACAUCUUAGCUAGAAAAUUUAAGUGAAACAGAAUGUGGCUUUGAAGGAACAUUGCAUUGGAAACACUGACUUGCUGUUGGCAACUUCCCAUUCAGUGUUUCAUUGUCACGUAACAUAAUUCUCUUAGACAAAAUAUGCAAGUAGUUUGAACCCCAUUCAGUUUAACAUGCGGACAUAUUGGUCUAAGGCAUGCUCCCAGUGAAAAUCCAGAGUCCUUUCAAAUUUGACCAACUUGCAUGCUAAAACACCCAGGUCACCGACAAGUUUACCGAAGCAAAAUACCAAAGCAGUUGGGAGUACCUAUGGUAGACAAUUUGCCUUAGAAAGUGACUUGAAUGUACAAAGAUACUUGAUGCACUUAUUUUUUAAUGCAAGAUAGCAAGUUUAUAAAACAUCUGUGUAGGAUUAUAGUUACACCAGUACAGAACUAUGCGUGUGCAUGUGUGCUCUUGGAAACCUCUCUGAUUGGUCAAACAGCUUGGUGCUAUGAAUUAUUUAUGUAAGUUGAACACUUCAUUGGUGCACCUGAACAGCAAACCUUGUUUGAAAAGUUUUUUUUCUCUCUUUUUUCCUGCUUCCUGGAAGCAUGAAAGAAAAGGUGUUCAGUACCAGAAAUGCAAAACUUAACAAAAACAUAUGGGAUGUUACAAAAAGGUUGUCUGCACAUCUGUACAGUCUUUGAAGCUUUCCUUUGUCUUACAUUAUUUUGACUGUUAAUUUAAGAGUGAAUAUGGGGACAAAUGUACAGAAGAAUUUUUUUAGCUCUGCACGAACUUUUAAUAGAUGAAUUUUUAAACAUGUUUUGUUUACAGGAAAAUGCAAAGAAAAAAAAUCAGGUGAGGGCAAAUUUUUUAGUAGUUUUGUAAGACAACGCAUAGUGUUAUUUUGAGUUCUGGUGAGAAUGAAGUAUGAUAAAGCAGUAACAUAUUUAUUGAACAUAGUUGACUGCCAAGGAUUAUCUUGCGGAGAGCACACUAGCAAUAUUAGUGUUAGUGAUCAAAGAACUAAGGACUGGAAGGUUAGUUGGCUUUCUUUUAAACAGGCAGCCUGGGUUUGGGGCUAGCCCAUGGCUUCAUGCAGCCCAAGGAGUCAUUUGUGGUGGCAAUAUUUCACAGUACCAAUGAACACAGCUUACGACUGGGGGUUGCACCAAACCGCCCUUGGUGACAUUAUAAGCAAUCCUGUGAGACACCUGUCAAACCCUCCAGCGUUAGCUGGGCAGCAGAGAUCUUGAUUUAGUUUUUCCUAGGUAUUCCUUUAUCCUACACUGUCUUAAGUAGAAUUAGUUGAAGGAUCCCUCCCCAAAGUAAAACCAGAACAGGGUAUAUACUGUGGUUCUGUGAGAUCAUAGAAAAGUGCAAAAUGUAAUCCUGGUCACAGACUUCCACUGGCGAGAACCUCAACCCCCAGGUUCUUCAAAGGUUCUAAUUCCUAGAAUUACAGGAAGGAGAGCUGCUGAUCAGGAUUCCUUACAAUCAGAUGGGAUUUAAUAUUCCACAUCGUUUCAAGUCUAGCACAGAAAAACAAGUAUGCAAAACUCAUUCAGGUAUGCAUAGUUUCUGCAGAUUACAGGAAUUAACUGUGUGUGUGACUGAGUUUGGGUUGUCUGGUCACACAUUGCUCCCCUCAGCUUCCAGCAACUGCAGCAGAGUGGUGAUUGCUGGCAUACCACACCACACAGCACGCAACCACACUACUUUCUCCCUGCCACCACAGCACCUGCUAGGGUUGCAGGAUCUCUGGUUCUUCCCUCAUCUUUCCAAACGUACCACUAUUCCAUUUACCCAAACAGAUUAAACGUGCCUAGCCUAGUGCAGACUUACUUGUUUAUUUUUUAACGUUCAAGACCACCUCUACCAGGAAGCCUACAAUUUCAUUAUUAAGACAGAUGGAAACAGAGUUGGAAAAACCAGAAAAUAUGUGAUAACUGAGGCCUGAUAAUAAUAUUUCUUGUGCUGGUAUAGUACUUUCAUGACCAGAGUGCAUGUUAUCACUACCUGUAAUGAUAUUUCCAUUAUCCCUAAUGUUUUACUUUGCAGCUCUGUACAGAAUUUGCAUAAGCUCAUUCUCUCCAUAAUAGGAAUUUGCAUUGUUUUAUGCCAAUCAUGUUUUCAGAAGGCUCUGAUUUCAUUAAGUCGUGGACAAU